AUGGCGCCCAAAAAGAAAGGGAAGGGCAAAGGAACCCCGGUUGUUGACGGGCUUGCUCCGGAGGACAUGACCAAGGAGCAGGUGGAGGGGCACAUCAACCGCAUCCGCGAGGAGCUGGACCGGGAGCGGGAGGAGCGCAACUACUUCCAGCUGGAGCGGGACAAGAUCCACACCUUCUGGGAGAUCACCCGGAGGCAGCUGGAGGAGAAGAAGGCGGAGCUGCGCAACAAAGACCGGGAGAUGGAGGAGGCCGAGGAGCGGCACCAGGUGGAGAUCAAGGUGUACAAGCAGAAGGUGAAGCACCUGCUGUACGAGCACCAGAACAACCUGACGGAGAUGAAGGCUGAGGGCACCGUGGCCAUGAAGCUGGCCCAGAAGGAGCACCGCACGCAGGAGGGCACGCUGCGCAAGGACAUGCGUGCUCUGAAGGUGGAGCUCAAGGAGCAGGAGCUGGCCAACGAGGUGGUGGUGAAGAACCUGCGGCUGAAACACACGGAGGAGAUUACCAAGCUGCGGAACGACUUUGAGAGGCAAGUGCGAGAGAUCGAGGCCAAGUAUGACAAGAAGAUGAAGAUGCUCAGGGAUGAGCUCGAUCUGCGGAGAAAGACCGAGAUCCACGAAGUGGAGGAGAGGAAGAACGGCCAGAUCAGCACGCUGAUGCAGCGGCACGAGGAGGCUUUCACAGACAUGAAGAACUAUUACAACGACAUCACCCUCAACAACCUGGCCCUCAUCAACUCCCUCAAGGAGCAGAUGGAAGACAUGCGGAAGAAGGAGGAGCACCUCGAGAAGGAGAUGCUGGAGGUGUCUGCGCAGAACCGGCGCCUGGCGGAGCCGCUGCAGAAGGCCCGGGAGGAGAUGAGCGAGAUGCAGAAGAAGCUGGGUGACCACCAAAGGGACAAGCAGAUCCUGGUUGGCACGAAGGCAAGCUUGAAAGUCACCGAGAAAGAGCUCAAGAGCCUGCAGUGGGAGCAUGAGGUGCUGGAGCAGCGGUUUAUCCAGGUGCAGCGGGAGCGGGACGAGCUCUACAGCAAGUUCACGGCGGCCAUCCUGGAGGUGCAGCAGAAGACCGGCUUAAAGAACCUGCUCCUGGAGCGCAAGCUGCAGGCCCUCAGCGCUGCCGUGGAGAAGAAGGAGCUGCAGCUCAACGAGGUGCUGGCCGCCUCCCACCUGGACCCCACCACCCUGAGCCUGGUGUCCCGCAAGCUGGAGGAUGUUCUGGAAUCGAAGAACAGCACCAUCAAGGACCUCCAGUACGAGCUGGCCCGGGUCUGCAAGGCCCACGGCGACCUGCUGCGCACCUACGAGGCGAAGCUCCUGGCCUUCGGGAUCCCUCUGGACAACGUGGGCUUCAAGCCCCUGGAGACGGCCAUGAUUGGGCAGGCCCUGGGCCAGGGCCCUGCGGGGCUAGUGAGCACCCCAACAUAG